AUGAAGGGCACGAUGAGGAGGCCGAUCCAGGCGUUGCGGUCAUGGCUACGUCGGCAACCGCCCAGAGUCAAGGUGUUCCUGGCCGUGGUAUCCGCCAUUGCCGCUCUCGUUGUUAUUCGUAUGGUGGUUUACGAUCACGAUAACCUCUUCAUCGCCGCCGAGGCCGUCCAUGCUGUCGGAAUUUCUGUGCUUAUUUAUAAACUUGCCACCGAGAAAACCUGCGCCGGUCUUUCACUCAAAUCACAGGAACUGACAGCUAUAUUCUUAGGCGCUAGACUGUACUGCAGUUAUGUUAUGGAAUAUGAUGUACACACUUUACUCGACUUAGCUACAUUGACAACGACCGUUUGGGUUAUCUAUAUGAUGCGUUUUAAUUUGAAUUCCAGUUACAUGCACGAGAAAGACAACGUUUCAGUUUUGUAUGUGGUUAUUCCUUGUGCUUUAUUGUCUCUUGUGGUUCAUCCAACAACACAACAUUACAUCGUAAAUCAGAUCAUUUGGGCUUUUUGUGUUUAUCUGGAAUCUGUUUCUGUACUCCCACAACUUCGUGUCAUGCAAAAUACCAAGAUUGUUGAACCAUUCACAGCACAUUACGUCUUCGCUUUAGGGGUUGCAAGGUUUCUGAGCUGUGCACAUUGGAUUCUCCAGGUUAUAGAUACCAGGGGUCGCCUCUUGACAGCUUUAGGUUAUGGAAUGUGGCCUUCACUGGUCCUUCUUUCUGAAAUUGUUCAAACAUUUAUACUUGCUGACUUCUGCUAUUAUUAUGUUCAAAGUGUUGUGGGUGGACGGCUAGUUCUACGUCUCCCUUCAGGAGUAGUGUGA